AUGGCUUUCCUCUUGAGACGCUUACCUGCUACUGCUCGUCCUUUGACCACUCCCAACACCCUCAACCGUGUUAUUUUCCCUUCAGUUGCCAGAUCAUUGACUACUGCUGCUACUCAAGCUGCCUGUAACAAUGAUGAGCCUUCUUUCUUGCAAUCCGUUGAAAAGUACUACGAUCAUGCUGCCGGUCUCAGUGAAGUUCAGCCUCACACUCUUGCUCAUCUUCGUGCUGUUGACAGUGUCCUUCGUGUCACUUUCCCCAUUGAAGUCGAAAACGGCAAGUAUGAAGUAAUUGAAGGUUAUCGUGCUCAACAUUCCCGCCAUCGUUUGCCUGUCAAGGGUGGUAUUCGUUUCUCCGAGGAAGUCGAUAUGCAAGAAGUUGAAGCUUUGGCUUCUCUCAUGACCUACAAGUGUGCUGUUGUCGAUGUUCCUUUCGGUGGUGCCAAGGGUGGUAUUAAGAUUGACCCCAAGAAGUACUCUGUUGAGCAAUUGGAAAGAAUCACUCGUCGUUAUACCAUGGAAUUGUGCCAAAAGAAGUUUAUUGGUCCUGGUGUCGAUGUCCCUGCUCCUGAUGUAGGAACUGGCCCCAGAGAAAUGGCCUGGAUCAUGGAUACUUACUCUCAAUUCAACGUGGGUGAUGUCAAUGCUGCUGGUUGUGUCACUGGUAAGCCCUUGUCCUUAGGCGGUGUUCGCGGUCGUAACGAAGCUACCGGUUUGGGUGUCUACUACGGUAUUCGUGAGUUCCUCAGCUACCCUGAAGUUCAAAAGAAGACUGGUGUCAGCGGUAACAUGGCUGAUAACACUGUCGUCGUUCAAGGUUUCGGUAAUGUCGGUUACUUUGCCGCCAAGUUCUUUGAAGAGAACGGCGCCAAGAUUGUCGGUGUCGGUGAGAGAGACUGUGCCAUCUACGACCCCAACGGUUUGAACGUCGAAGAUCUCCACAAGUACUAUAAGGCCAACGGUUCCUUCAAGGGUUACUCCAACACUGCUCAAAUCUUUGAGCAAUCCACCAAGAUCUUGGAAGCUGAAUGUGAUAUCCUCAUUCCUGCUGCUCUCGAACGUCAAAUUGGUUUGCGCAAUGUUGCCAACAUCAAGGCCAAGAUCAUUGGUGAAGGUGCUAACGGUCCCGUUACUCCUGCUGCUCACGAUAUCCUCGAAUCCUCUGGUAAGGUCGUUGUUCCCGAUUUGCUUCUUAACGCUGGUGGUGUCACUGUCUCAUACUUUGAAUGGCUCAAGAACUUGUCCCACGUUAGAUUUGGUCGUAUGAACAAGAAGUGGGACGAACGUGCUCGCUCCAAGGUUGUUGCCCUUGUCGAGGAAAAUGCCGGUCGUGCCUUGACUGAAGCUGAACGUAAGGCUAUCGUUCACGGUGCUGAGGAAGCUGAUUUGGUCUACUCUGGUCUUGAAGAUACCAUGAUCCAAGCUUGUCAGGAAACCAGACAAACUGCUGAGCUCAAGAAGGUUGAUUUCAGAUCUGCUGCUUAUAUCAAUGCUAUCCAAAAGAUUGCUGCUGUCUAUGAAGGCUCUGGUAUGCUCUUCAUGCACUAA